UGUGUGUGUGUGUGUGUGUGUGUGUGUGUGUGUGUGUGUGUGUGUGUGUGUGUUGGUAUAACCGGAAUUCAGGGACAAUUUGUCCGUCUACACACCGGCAAUCCGCGAACCUUAGGGUAAUUUGAGGACUAUGCCAAGGUCCCCGGAUUUCAAACAAUUUAUUUGCAUUUGUGACUGUCAGAGGAACAUCCUCUCUCAUUUUCGUUCAAAGUCCUUUUUUACCACAAACCUGUUUUUAGGUGUAUCCCAGUGUAUAGAGUAGCGCAUCCUAUCGGUUGUGCUUAUAUUGCACUUUCAUACACAUUUCCUACACACACGGUUCGAUUUUGCCGCCCUUUUCACUGAUUGGUUGGUUCGAACAAGUGGGUGGCGUCUACAGGAAGUUCGCUCCAAGGACCGCCCCGACUGGGCUUUUAAACAUUAAAUCCCAUUUGAAGCUGCUGGCGACCAAUGGAUGCACUAUAGGAUUUAAAACAUACAGGUAAGCAUUAAAACUUGUAAACAAAGUAUAUAUUUGCAUGUGGAAGUAUUUUACACCAUAACAAUAACUUAUUAAGUUUAAUUUUUUUUUUUUUUAUUAUUGAUGCAUAUUUUAAUGGAAAUAAAGUUAGUUUAACUUCAAUGCAUAUUGGCAUUAGGUUGUUUUUACAGCAUUGCUAAUGCAUGCUGUUGAGGCCGGUGUUACCUUCACAAGGCUGCACUAGUAGUAGAGCUAACAGCUACCAGCUCUCAGCUGCAGCAGCUUCAGAGCAGGCAGGAGAGGAUCAGUCUUGUAUUUUGGAGGAAUGUGCUUCGUGCAGUGUCGUGUAACCAGCUGUUUUGUGGACUAGAGAAGGUGAGGAUGUUUGAUUCGUGUUCAUUUUAAGCCACACAAGCCGCAGUUUAUUUUCAUGCACGUGGAAGCUCCGUGUCGGCAGCGGCCACGCCCCCUCGUUGAGCCGUGCGUGCAUGCCUUCACACAGGUGAUAGUACUGAGCACAGGUGGUGGGGAUGAGGACAGCAGCUUUGAGCAGUUACAGAGUGGUCCGGUCAGUGUUUGGGAGCUGAAAACAGCUAAAAACAACUAAGGUAAUGUGGAGUUGUUUGUUUAAACAAGCUAGUGGCUACACUGUUCUUGUUAACUUGUAUUGUUAGGUCUGCUUGUUAAAUCGUAUGUGCUUAGCUGCAGCAGCUUCAGAGCAGGCAGGAGAGGAUCAGUCUUGUAUUUUGGAGGAAUGUGCUUCGUGCAGUGUGGUGUAACCAGCUGUUUUGUGGACUAGAGAAGGUGAGGAUGUUUGAUUCGUGUUCAUUUUAAGCCACACAAGCCGCAGUUUAUUUUCAUGCACGUGGAAGCUCCGUGUCGGCAGCGGCCACGCCCCCUCGUUGAGCCGUGCGUGCGUGCGUGCCUUGACACAGGUGAUAGUAAUGAGCACAGGUGGUGGGGGUGAGGACAGCAGCUUUGAGCAGUUACAGAGACAGCUAAAAACAACUAAGGUAAUGUGGAGUUGUUUGUUUAAACAAGCUAGUGGCUACACAGUUCUUGUUAACUUGUAUUGUUAGGUCUGCUUGUUAAAUCUUAUGUGCUUAAAACUGUAAGCUAUCAGUGUUUCCACAGAGGUUUUUGGCUGUUAUCGUUAUUAUGAAAGUGUAAAGUACAAUAGUGAGGAGCAACAAAGCUGUGGUACAGUAUCUGGUGCAGUGUGUGCCAUUUAAAAAUGCUGUUUAAUAUUCAUGUUGAUUAUUGACUAUUCCAUAACUGAAAGCAAGGAUGAAAUGUCAACAGGCUUUAUUUCUAUUUCAUUUUUUCCCCUGAGAUAGAGACUCACAGCACUCAUGUUGUCUUAUAUAGUAUUUUUAAGUGAACAUCUUGCAUCUGGUAGAUAACAGGUUGAGCUGUUUAUUGUUUUGGGUUGUUAUUUGAAUUAAAACAAAAUUAUGACAAACUAAUCACAUGUCAGAAGCACUGAUGUGAAAACCUCACAAACCAUGGUCCGUGUAAAUGUCAUAAAGGACCUUGGAUCGGAAAUGUGAACCCAGCAGUGUGCUAUCGCACAAUAGUCAAGUCAUCUGGAUACUGCUGUAAAUAUAAUUGAAUGUUAAUGUAAAAUUGUAUAUGUAGGUUAAGUUCUUGUUUGAAGAAGCAGGACAAGGACAGUGAGUGAGGAAGAGAUACAGAGACUGAGGAUGAUCAUUCAAGCAGAUGAAAGACUGCAUUUAUUUGCGUGUCUGUUCCUACUGGAUGCUAAUGAUGGGACAUCAAUCCCACAAGAGGUUCAAUGCAGCUGAUGUAGUUAUAGAAUCUCUGUACACUGAGAUUAUGUUACAUUAAAUUGUAGAGAGUUGAGUUUGUGGUCCAACACAGCUCUACACUAGAACAGACAUCAUCCUACUGUUAAUAUUUAGUUAAUGUGCAGCCUAUUUCUGUUGUAGAAGCAUUAAGUCCUUUGUAUUAAAUUUAAACUUGAAUGUUGAUUUAUGAGCUCAGAAUAUAGCUUCUGCUCAGAUGCCACAUGUAAAUUACUAGACUUCUAGUACAUAAUAAUCCUAACAACAAUCUUCUUUUAAUUAUGUUACUCUGGCUUUUGUCACUGGCCAGUGAAUCAUGCAGAGGCGAAGGCGCAUAAAUCCAAUGGAUGAUGCAAAAUUUUUUGCUCACACUGGAAGGGAUAAACUUGGACUGGACAUCAAUUACAUUAAUGCUUUCAAAGGUCGUGGUAUCUUCACCUCUGCUCCUUUUGAAAAAGGCGACUUUCUCUGCGAAUAUCGAGGUGACCUAAUAACAAACGAAGAAUGUGAAAGGAGACAGAAAAUAUACCAUGACGCCCUUAAGGUGUUCAUGUUCGAGUUCCGUUUUAGUGGUAAACUGUGGUGUGUUGAUGCAGCAAAGGAAGAUGGAUCACUCGGAAGACUAGUAAAUGACGACCAUAUCAGCCCUAAUGCAAAGAUGAAGUACCUGAAUGUGCAGGGGAAACCCCAUCUGUGUUUAUUUGCCAUACGGGACAUAGUUGCAGGAGAGGAGAUAACCUAUAACUAUGGUGACUCAGACUGGCCGUGGAGAAGCAAGAAAUCUGGAGGGAUGUCAUCGGAUGUCAAACAUGGUGAGGCACCAUGCACAGCAAAGCUUUCUACGAGAACUCAAAAGAGGUCAACACAUGAAGCCCCAAAAAUGAUGCCUACAAGGACAUCAGCUGGUCGUCCUAAAUGCUUUAAUAAGGGUAUUGAUGAGGAUAUGCCUCAGGGAAGUCCUAAUACCACAAAUUCCCAGACCCUAGAUGAAGGUCAUGUACAGAUGACUAUCGAAAGAAGCCAGAUUGAGAUGACUGCAAGCAACCUGAACCAGACAAGUCCAGUGCUUGAUCCACUCACCAGGACUGGACAGAUGAUGACCGAAAGAGGCCAGAUUGAGAUGAGUGCAAGCAACCUGAACCAGACAAGUCCAGUGCUUGAUCCACUCACCGGGAUUGGACAGGGUAUUAAUGAGGAUAUGCCUCAGGGAAGUCCUGAGACCACAAAUUCCCAGACCCCAGAUGAAGGUCAUGUGCAGAUGACGACCGAAAGAGGCCAGAUUGAGAUGAGUGCAAGCAACCUGAACCAGAGAAGUCCAGUUCUUGAUCCGCUCACCAGAAUUGGACAGAUGAUGACCGAAAGAGGCCAGAUUGAGAUGAGUGCAAGCAACCUGAACCAGACAAGUCCAGUGCUUGAUCCACUCACCGGGAUUGGACAGGGUAUUAAUGAGGAUAUGCCUCAGGGAAGUCCUGAGACCACAAAUUCCCAGACCCCAGAUGAAGGUCAUGUGCAGAUGACGACCGAAAGAGGCCAGAUUGAGAUGAGUGCAAGCAACCUGAACCAGAGAAGUCCAGUUCUUGAUCCGCUCACCAGAAUUGGACAGAUGACGACCGAAAGAGGCCAGAUUGAGAUGAGUGCAAGCAACCUGAACCAGAGAAGUCCAGUGCUUGAUCCACUCACCAGGAUUGCACAGAUGACGACCGAAAGAGGCCAGAUUGAGAUGAGUGCAAGCAACCUGAACCAGAGAAGUCCAGUGCUUGAUCCACUCACCAGGAUUGCACAGAUGACGACCGAAAGAGGCCAGAUUGAGAUGAGUGCAAGCAACCUGAACCAGAGAAGUCCAGUUCUUGAUCCGCUCACCAGAAUUGGACAGAUGACGACCGAAAGAGGCCAGAUUGAGAUGAGUGCAAGCAACCUGAACCAGAGAAGUCCAGUGCUUGAUCCACUCACCAGGAUUGCACAGAUGACGACCGAAAGAGGCCAGAUUGAGAUGAGUGCAAGCAACCUGAACCAGAGAAGUCCAGUGCUUGAUCCACUCACCAGGAUUGCACAGGUAUGA